GACGAUCCGGGCCACAUGGCUGAGGACGAGGAAGAAAGGAGGCGGUCCGUACGGGCCAGAGCUGACAGGAUGCGAGCAGAGAGACGGAAAAAGAUCGGAGAAAACGCUCAGAGUCGCAUGGAGAGGGUGUUGAGCAUGCAGCAAAGGCAAGCAGCAGUGCUACCAGCCCACAGCGCUGCUAAAUACGUUAUAUCGCAGGUUUUCGGUACCUAGCGACGACGGAGAGAAGUCUGCAGAAGAUGAGAGGAAGGGGUUAUUAGCGGAGGCGAGAGAAAGCUUGGAACAUGACUCGGAUUCCACUCCAGCUGAAGAAGAUCCUCCAGACGAGUUGGUAG